CAGUAAAUAAACUACACAGCAAUUUAUAGAAACCAGAAAUCUUGACAAGAAAAUGAGAUAAUGUUAACAAUUGGGAUAAUUGAAAGAACUGGUUUAUUUCGAACAAUUCAGCUAUUUCUCAGAUUGUUUAUAUAUACCAGCAAAAUGUGUUUACAUAUGUACCGAUAAUUCUAAACGGAUUUAAAUCGGAUAGAGUUUUUUUUUCUAAGAAAUGGGUCAUUCGGUUUGGUUUUUAUUGCUGCUGAUAUUAAGUUAUGACAUCUGCUGCAACUCAGAAGAUCCCAGUGAUGGCUUUCUCAUGUUUUCAAAGGUCCGAACAAUCGAGAGUAUAAAUGUUAUUGACGAAGAAGAUCCUGUUUCCCCGGUAUACACCAUUACAAAUAACAAAUAUAUACGAGCUGUUGCUGCCCUCGCGUUCGACUACGUGGGCGAGAGGCUUUUCUUCAGCGAUGAGCGAAAACAAAAUAUCCUGUCAACGUUUCUGAAUGGAACUAAUAUCAAAGUGGUUGUCAAAGAUAUCGGACAAGUGCAUGGUUUAGCAUACGAAAGAUCUGGCGGAGACAUCUAUUUUACGAGUAGUACCGAAUCUCGUAUCAGCAAGAUUAAUGUCAAUAUCGCAUUGAAUGACGUCACCACUAAACCGGAAGUUCUAAUACAACAACCAGAAGAGGAACGCCCGAGGGCAAUAGUUAUAGAACAUUGCGAAAAGUACAUGUACUGGGUCACUUGGAGUAUAUAUAGACCAAGUAUACAGCGAGCAAGACUUACGGGUAAAAACAUACAAAUAGUUAUCAAUACUGAUAUUUUAUCACCACAAGGUCUCACUAUUGACCAUACAACUAACAUAUUGUACUGGUCCGAUGCAACUCUAGACAAGAUCGAAAAAUGUGAUCUGGACGGAUCCAACAGAAAAAUAAUUUCAUCCGUUCGUCAACAAUCUUUUGGCCUGGCUGUGUUGGGCAAGUACCUUUACUGGACUGACUGGCUCAUGAAUGCUGUUAUUCGCAUCAACAAAUUUGACGGUUCGGACUUUACGCGCAUUCGGGAUAAUUUGUUUGUUAACCCCAGGGGAAUUAUCGCGAUACACAGAGAUAGCAACACUUGCAUCAUUGAUAAAUGCAAAGAGGGUAACCAUGAGUGUCAAGAUGUGUGUGUCAUAGAUACAAACGGGAACGUAUAUUGUCAGUGUACAUAUGGAAUAUUGGAUACAGAUGGAAAAACUUGUAAAAUUGUUACACAAAUAAUCAAACCGCCUGAAGAUCAAAGAAUUGUAAAGGGUUCAACAGCGAUCUUUUACUGUGGCGUGUCUCAAUAUGCCAAAGUCAAAGUCACGUGGAAAUGGACCUAUCGUAAGUUACAAUGGAACCGAGAUGAUCAAAUUUUCAACGACUACAGACGGUCAAUAUCGGUUGAUGGAACAUUGACUAUUAAAGGAGUUAAAUUUUUUGACAUUGGAGAAUACACGUGCACUGUGACGUCAAUUGGAGGAAAUGACAAAAGGUCCGCGUCCCUAACAGUUAUUGAGUUUCCAUUGUCUCCGAUUAUCUCGAUCGCCACCCUGUAUCCAUUUGAUGAGCGUGCAGCAUUUGUUAAAUGGGUCCAAGGAUUUGACGGCAAUUCUCCGAUUACAAGGUUUAUCAUAGAAUACAGGGAGGUAUCCAAUGACAACGAACAUAAAGGAUGGGUAACAUUUAAAUCCAACAUACAGCCGGAUAUCAGGGAAGCUAUUAUCACAGAUCUUAGACCAGCCAGAAAUUAUCAGUUCAGAGUAACGGCUUCCAAUGAGGUAGGAAAUGGAUCACCAAGUAUGCCCCAACCCAUACCGCCUCUUGCUAUACCACAAUUACCGCCAAGUUGUUCGCCGAAGGAUUUCUAUGGUAUUGCAAGUUCAAAGACUACAAUCAGACUAGCAUGGAUUCCUCCGGACGAGGACAGUUGGAAUGGACCACUGUUCGGAUAUUUUAUAAAAUACAAACUUGCUGGUUCUCCAGAUAGUACUUUUCAGCAGAAGUUGGUCCCAGUAUCAAACAGUUAUCCUUAUCAACAGUACGAACUUCAAGGAUUAGCGAUCUAUAAAACUUAUGAUAUUCAGAUAGCUGCAUUUAAUGGAAAGGGUGCCGGUGUAUACUCUAUUAUCAAAGUAGCGACGUCAGAAGGUCUUCCAACAGCCUCACCUAAAGAUCUCAGAGUUCGUGUUUUGAAUUCAACAGCUGUAAAUGUCAGCUGGACCCCUCCUAACCAGGAGUAUAUCCAUGGGAAAAAUCUAGGAUAUAAAGUACUGGCAUUGAAACUAGACAAAAAACCUACGCAAAGUGAAAUGAUUGUGCCGCAUGAUCCGUCUAACCCUAUAGGCACCCAACACGCUAUUCUUCACAAUUUGAAGCCAUUCACGGUGUAUGAAAUUUCCGUGUUGUGCUACACAGGUCAAGGAGAUGGUCCACAAUCUAACACAAAAGCAGUGAAAACAGCAGAAGAUUUGCCUUCACAGAUAGAAUGGUUAGGCAUUGGUGAAGUUACAGAAGAAUCAGUGACAAUAAACUGGAAGCCACCAAUUGAAAGAAAUGGCAUAAUUAUCGGUUACACAUUAUUGUACUGGAGGAAGAAAGACAAUAGAACACGGGAAAGGAUUUAUCUGCCUUCCAGCGCUCACACCAACACACUGUCCAACCUUUCAUCAAUGACCAUAUACACAGUAUCAAUGUUUGCCUCCACUAGUGUUGGAAAUGGUCCGUCACAAUCAAUUGAUGUUGAAUCCUGGAUUCCACCAGGGUUUCCAUUGCCACCUUCCAGCCUUGCAGUAUCACUUGUCGAUACAAGAUCAGCUGAAUUACUUUUUAUACCAGGAUCUGACGGUGGUAAUCCUUUGUCUUCCUUUCAUGUCGAGGCCCUGGAAGGAAAUGUGUCAGCAGAAUGGAAAACUAUAUACACUCAAACGAUUGAUUGUUUAGCAGCACCAGUUUUAAAAGUAGAAAACUUAAAGCCUUUUACCGACUACAAACUGCGUAUCACAGCUGAGAAUGCUGCAGGACAGAGUUUUCCUAGUGGGUCAACACGACCGUUCAAGACCUUACAAGAUGUACCAGAAAACCCGCCAGGAGACAUUACUGUUAGAGCACUCAAUGCCACAGCCCUACGAAUAACAUGGAAGGUAAAUUAA